ACAGCAGACGCAGUGCUCGUUUCUCUCUCUGGGGGCGCACACGUCAUCCGGCUCGCCACUCAGAAUUUCACCGGAGCAGCGCACGUCUUUCUCAACAGCACCUGUUAAUAUCCAUUUUCUCUGAUAAUGGACGCGGGAUUCUUCCGCGGUACAAGUGCGGAGCAAGACAACCGUUUCAGCAACAAGCAGAAGAAGCUGCUGAAGCAGCUGAAAUUUGCAGAAUGUCUCGACAAGAAGGUGGACAUGACCAAAGUUAACCUAGAAGUCAUCAAACCGUGGAUUACUCAGCGAGUCACAGAGAUUCUGGGGUUCGAGGAUGACGUCGUCAUAGAGUUUAUAUUUAACCAACUUGAAGAGAAGCACCCGGAUAGCAAGAUGAUGCAGAUCAACCUGACUGGCUUCCUGAACGGGAAGAAUGCCCGGGAGUUCAUGAGGGACCUGUGGCCGCUGCUGCUGAGUGCCCAGGAGAACAUUGCCGGCAUCCCGUCUGCUUUUCUUGAACAGAAGAAGGAGGAAAUCAAACAGCGACAGAUUGAACAGGAGAAACUAGCUUCGCUGAAGAAGGUUGAUGAUGAUAAGAAGGAAAAGGAACUCCGAGAGAGGGCUCAGUCCAAAAGCCCAAGGAGGAGGAAGACCCGGUCACCGUCCCCCCGUCGGAGGUCACCGGUGAAGCGGGAAAGGAAACGUAGCGCCUCUCGCUCCCCAAGACGCAAAGCCAGUCCAGUUGUUAGCAGUUCACCACCUCCACCUCUGAUGCAGCUGCCAACAAAACCGCUGGAGCAGCUGGUAGAGUCAGAAACAUUAGACAGAGCCCUGCCAGAACCAGUCGCCCAAGAAACUCCUUCUACUGGCGACACAGUUGUGGAGGUGGUGAAUCCAGACCCAGUGACUGAAGUCAAAGAAGCCUCACCAGAGAAGAGCCUGAAGAAGGAGGAGAGGCCCAGGUCUCGGGAGAGAGAGAAGGACAUCAGGAGGGAAAGACCUCACCACCGCUCUCAUUCCCACACUCGCAGGCGGCGCUCCCGUUCUCGAUCUUUCUCCCCACGUAGAAGACCGAGUCCCAGGAGGAGGAUGUCUCCUCGUCGAAGGAGCCCCCCCAGACGUGGCCCCACCAACUCCAGAAACAGACAUAGACGCUCCCCUGUCCGCAGGAGGCGCUCUCGCUCUGCUUCGUCCUCCGGCAGCAGCUCCUCCAACUCCCGCUCGCCUAAAAAAGCUAUGAAAAGAAUAUCUACCACGCCGCCCCGAAAGCCGGUGCACCAUCCCAACAACCCAGUCAGCCCCGCGGGGAAGGACAGGCGGUCCCAGUCUCCACGGGCCCGCAGGGGCCGCGGCUCCGCCUCUCCAGCCAGAUCAUCCGGUUUAAAGAGAAAACCAGGAGGAAGGGCGGAUUCUCCAUCUGAUAAUGCCAAGCCUAGAGCUUCUGAAGGGUCUGAGUCCGAUGACGAUAAAAAUGAGAAGGGCGCCACUGCAGAUUCGGUGCAGCAGCGACGUCAGUAUCGCAGGCAGAAUCGACAGACUUCUUCAGACACUGGGUCUUCCUCUUCCGAAGACGAGGGACCCAAGAGGCCAACGGCAGGGCCAGUGGCCAGAAACGGAGACAUCAGAAGGAGACGCAGCCGUACGCCGUCCCCACGGAGGCGACACAGAGAUGGCUCUCCAAGGAAAAGACGUUCUCCAUCUCCUGGACGCAGACGGCGCACACCGUCUCCCCCACGACGCCGCAGAUCUCCGUCUCCCCCUAGAAGAAGGUCUCCUUCUCCGCCUCCCCGUCGUCGUUCUCCAUCCCCCAGGCGGUAUUCUCCCCCUAUCCAGCGCCGCUACAGCCCCUCACCCCUGCCUCCACAGAAGCGGAAGCUGUCUGGCUCCCCGAUGAAACGCCCGUCUCCGGGGGCCAAGCGGCGCGUCUCCAGGUCGCCCAAGCGCAGAAGCUCUCUCGCUCCGAGGAGACGCACCCCUCCUUCCUCGUCUCCGUCCAGGAACCGGAGGAGCCCCAUGUUGCCUCUCGUGAGACCGGGCAGGGACAACCGAUCCCCCGUGGCCAGCCGCCUCUCCCCGUCGCUCGCCAACGGCGGCCGCGGCGCCCGGGGUUCCCAGUCCUCCGAGCGCUUCGACACCUCUGGUUCGUCUCCAUCUAACCAGCGAAGGCAGCAGUCUCUUCACACGGGGGCAAGCCCUCGCAGAGUGUCCCGCACCCCGGAGCCCCGCAACAACCAGAGACCAUCACCAAGUCCCCAGCCUCUGAGGAGAGCCCCCUCCAGGUCCGUUUCCCCCCAGCCAGCAGCUCUGAAACGUCCAGCCCCUGCAUCUGCCUCCCCCUCGCCGUCCCGCUCAGCCAGCGGUUCUCCACCACCGGCCAAGAAAGCCAGCAGUGGUUCCGGCAGUCAAUCCCCAAACAAGAAUUCAGAUGUUGACGCCAGCGGAAAGAAAAAGAAGAAGAAGAAGGAAAAGAAGCACAAGAAGGAGAAGAAACACAAGAAGCACAAGAAGCACAAGAAGGAGAAGAGCGGCGCCCCCGUUGCUGGAGACGGACAUGAAAACCACGGGGGGGAGGAGGACGGAGAGUCAAGAAAGGAAUCAGACAGUGAAGUAGAUGACAGCUUGGAUGAUCUGGAGAAACACCUCAGAGAAAAGGCCCUCCGCUCCAUGAGGAAGGCCCAGUUGUCUCCGUCACAGAUGUCCUGAAAACAAGGGGCUUUCUCACUUUUGAAUUUUCCACUCACUCUUGAUGUUGGUCAUCAACCUGGUUCAGCUAUAGAAUGUACAAAUUGUUAAAUCUUGAGUCUUUUUUUUGUUUUUGUUUUUUUCUUUUUACUGGUUUGGUACAUUCUGAAGAGUGUUUAAGAGCUCGAUUUAUCAGUUAGUGUAUUAUCUUAACUGUAAAGAAGCUUGUGUUGUCCAUAAUUUUAAAUUGUCGAGCAGGGAAAAGGUUUAAGCUUAGAGGUUUGAGUUGUGCAGGUUUCAGAUAUUUUCCACAGCCUACAAUAGAUUCAAUUUGAGAAACGAUUGCAUGUGCAGUGAUUGUCUCUAAUGUGCAUGAACCACUGACCUUUAUGGAAGGAAAAACCAUCGUACAGUAACACGCUGUUACUAUUUGCCUUUUGUUAGAGGAAACAUUUGCACAGCUGUGUGAAUUGUUAGAGGCUGUAACAGAAUGUCUUAUUGUAACUUACAAGAGGUGUUUAGCAUCGUUUAACCUGCAGUUUUUCCUGAAUUUGUAAGUCUUGUUUUAAGACUGAAACAAUCCAAUGUGAGACAGUUUGCUUUAAUUUUCCUGAUUGAUUUGAUAUGCAAUUUUACGUUGAUGCCCUUGCCCCAUGUUAAUCUCUGUGGGACUGCUCUAUGAUUUGUAUUUAGUACCUGGCUCUUGUCAUCUUGUCAUCCUUUCAGAAUUAAAACCUUUUUAUAGGAAG